AACGAUUUCGAACACAGCUACCCCGUUUCCGUACACAGCGGUGCGGUUUAUUUUGUAUUCCGCCGAAACAUGAGUCCAUAGAACAGAGUUCCGAAUGGUAACACAAUGUUGUGGCGCCGACUAGAGACCUCUGAGCAGCUCGUUCGAGAGUUCCUCAGUACUGGAUCCGCAGUAAGAAGCUUGAUGAAGAACUGGGGUGUUGUCGGUGGUAUAGCUGCAGCAGUGGCAGCUGGAGCUUACAUUAUAUGGGGACCAAUCACAGGGCAAAAGAAGAAAAAGAGAGGGAUGGUUCCAGGUUUGUUGAACUUGGGCAAUACCUGCUUCAUGAAUUCAUUGCUCCAGGGUCUGGCAGCAUGUCCCUCCUUCAUACGCUGGCUGGAGAGCUUUUCACAAAGAAUUGAGGGACAGUCCAGUCAAGACAAGCAGCUGUCCAGCAUGCUCCUGAACCUUCUCAAAGCCCUGUCCAGCGAUGAGCCUGGGGAGGAGAAUGUGCUUGAUGCUGGGUGCCUGUUGGAUGUCCUCAGAUUGUACAGGUGGCACAUCAACUCUUUUGAAGAGCAGGAUGCUCAUGAGCUUUUUCAUGUGCUCACGUCCUCUCUGGAAGAGGAAAGGGAUCGGCUGCCAAGAGUCUGUCAUUUGUUUGACAUUAAGUCCCUUAAGAGUAUCCCGGACCAAGCUGACAAGACUCUGAGUUGCAGAAGUACAGCCACACUUCAUCCAAUCCUGAAUCCUUGGAAGUUUCAACAUCCUUUCCAUGGCCGUUUGACAAGCAAUAUGUCUUGCAAGCGCUGCAAGCAUCAGAGUCCAGUGCGGUACGACUCAUUUGAAAGCCUUUCCUUACCCAUACCGUCUCCUCAGUGGGGGCGGCCCCUCUCACUCGAUCAAUGUCUUCAGUAUUUCAUCUCCUCUGAAACCAUCAAAGAGGUGGAGUGUGAAAACUGCACCAAGCUUCAACAGGGUCCCAAAGAAAAGGGCCAUGUUCUGGAAAACCAACGGACCACAUUUGUCAAACAGUUGAAACUGGGAAAGCUGCCACAGUGCCUGUGUAUUCACCUGCAGAGGCUCACCUGGUCCAAUGAAGGGACUCCCAUCAAGAGACAGGAACAUGUGCACUUCACAGAGUUCCUCUCCAUGGACCGCUACAAACACAAUGGAUCCUCAGUCCAGAGGAUGCAACGCACCAAAUGUCCCCCCAUAUCCGCCGACACGGAGACCCAACAGGACCUGGUUGACAAGCCAAUGCAAAAUGGCACCGACAGCAACCACCAUAACAACAACAAGCCCCUUGCCAAUGGAUCAAUGGCUUCAGUUCAUCAAUUCAUCCACUCCCCUGCCGUGAGAACACAGCUCAACUUCUCACAUGACUACAGACCGUCAGAGUACCUGUUCCAGCUCACCGCCGUGCUGGUGCACCAUGGAGACAUGCACACGGGACACUUCAUCACCUUCCGCCGCUGCCCCGCCCCGCACCCCCAAGGCCAACACCCCUCACAGUGGCUCUGGACAUCGGAUGACUCUGUACGCAAGGCCACCCUGCAGGAGGCACUCUCCUCCAAUGCUUACCUGAUUUUCUAUGAAAGGGUUCAACGGUCAAGCCGAGCUUUGCGGGCAGAGGUGUAGCCACCUUUCGUAUUUAUCCUACGCUCACUUGCGCCGCAAGCGAUCGUGAAGAUGGCUCCUUUCGGUUAAGCUCAGGAACAGGGCAAUCGCUGGUUAUUGCAAUAACUUUUUUGACUUGCCAUAAACGCACACCUUUGUUUGCUCUGCAUACUUAUUGUUGAAUCUGUUUAAGAGUGAACCUCCAUCCUUCUAAUCUGCCAGGUCUGUUAUCUCCAUCAGAGAGGACUGGAAUGAUGAUGAUGAUGAUGAUGAUGAUGAUUGAGAUAGGAAAACAAUGACCUAAAGGGAGUUGAUUGAGACCAAGCCUAUAGUCCUGAACCAAUUGAAAAAACUUGCCAUUAGGACCUAACGGGACCUACUUGAUCCCCUAGAAUCUGGUGAUUUUGCCCCUUUUCAUUAUUCUUAUGCUGUAAACUCGCCUCUCAACCCUGUUAAUUUAUUCAGUUCAAUAUUUUUGAAUAAACAUGACUGAUGAACUAA